ACGAGAUCUCUUUCUCAAUCUCGUACCCUUUUCACUUUUGUUAUAACCCCAUUGACCCGUCCGUCCACCACCUACGCAAUUAACUACUCACACCCACACAGCAACAGCACAGCUUCACACCACCUUACCAACUCUAUCCCUCCCAUCAGCCCAUCAAAUCCGCACCAAAAUGACCACCCGCCCGCUCAGCCCACCGACCUCCCCCCGCAAACGCACCAAAGCGAUGCACCUCCCGUCAUCGCAACGCAUCUGCCACGACUGGAUGGUGGUGCAAGGCAACGUGCACUACGCGCGCGACCGCGCACACUUCACGACCUACCGACCCGUGACCGCGCACCUCAAGAACAACAUCUUCAACCCGAUGGACGAGCUCGAAGUGGCCGGUAUCGGAACCGUCGAGAUCCCCGUCGUCCGCAGCCUCGAUAACCCGUUCGAUACGCAUACCAUUGUGCUCGAGAACGUGCUGCAUAUCCCCGAGGCCGUGUGCAAUGGGUUCAAUCCGCUGCUGUUUGGGAGUAGUAUGUCGUGUACGGAGACGGCGUGGAUGGGGGCGGAUCGCGAGGGUAGGUUGAUGUGGGUGGCGAUGCCGUUUCGGGGGGGUUCGAGGUUGGUGCUGGCUGGGGGGUUGGUUGGGGAGAGUGAGAUUAUAGAAGGGAGGUAUUAUACGUUGAGUUUGUAUGUUAGUCCCGAGGAGAAGGGGGAGUUUUUGGCAUGAUUUGGUUUUUGAUUUGUGUCUUGUUUGGGUUGGAGUUUGGGGGCUGGGCUGGUUGGGUGAGUGUAUGAUAGCGGUAUAGCUAGCUAGCUAGCUAGAUGUUAUUGUUAUGUGUAAUACGAGUCAUGAUAGACAGAC